AUGGACGCCGACUGCCCCGACGUGGGCAGUACGAACCCUGACAUUGCAGGGCUUGGGAUUGUCAUCGCUUUUGCAUUCCAGGCAGGUGUGUCACUCGUGCUAUCCAUAUGGUCGUUUCUGCUAUGGAAAUCUGCGGUGGCCUCUCUGUUGGACGCCAAUCCGGGUGCUCGAAUCAUGUUCCAUGCCGCCUCUCUUCGAUUUCAAGGGCUAAAAGGCCUCAAUGAAAUUAUAAAAGACGCUUUUGGCUUGGCACACAAUACGGACGAGGGGGAUGCGAUGAGAGCCCCUCGAAGGGCAUUGUCAAAUUUUUACCGACGGCAUGAAUCUUCGUGGGUUCUUCGUAAAUGCACCAUCGACGGCAUUCUUCUGGCUAUUAGCGACACGCAAACUGUGAACGGGCUGAGCCUGCUCAUUGCCGGCCUAGCUCAAUACAAAUCUUUGAGCCUGUACCACAUGCACAUCAUAUAUGACACGGUCAACUUUACAGCAGUUUCAAUGUGCGGCAGUCUUGCAAACGUAUAUGGCCAGGACAAGAAAAGCCGAAGAUCACGCCUGUAUGCUUUCGUCGCCUUCAGUGCCUUGUAUCUAGCUUUCUCGGUCGUCUUCGCUACCAAGCUGCGCUCGUGGGAUCUGACUGAGUCAGGACAAUGCUACAACUAUAGCCUGAUCAGCUUGCCAAACCAUGGCCACCCAUCAGACGACAUCAUAUACGUUGGCAUCACCUGCUUCUGGUGUCUCUGUGUCCUCAUCUGCUGCGGUCAGAUCCACUCGUCCUUCAUGUCCGAGAUAUACCAGGAAAAUGCCAAUAACCCUGGCACGGCCACCUCUCCAAUCACCGCACUGGCCGAGAAAUGGGGCGUCAGAGGCGUGUGGCACGAUCUCCUGGACCGUUCCCUGCGGGACGUGGUGCAGCAGCCAUCCCUCGAGAGACUUGCUGCGAGUAUCGUGGUGCUGGCUAUGCUGCAGUAUCCCGUCCACCUGUACAUGGUCAUUGCCCUGCGCAUAUCCAAUGAGGGGAAUCUCAGCGGCGACUCUGAGAAUACAUGGGGUUUUGGGCAGAUUGUCGCCUUGGUGACGGCUUUUUCUACACUGAUGGAAUGUGUGAGGGGAUAUUCUGUUAUUUUCCAAGAUUAUUGUGCAGGAAUCAAGCUUCUCGAGGAGGCUGCUAGCACAGAGGAGCCCAGAGAGGCGAACAUAGAGGCGCGACUAACAUGA